CAAGCACUAAAGACGUCGUCUGCAUGUUGGUUGCAGACAGAAAACUGCGGCUGUCAUGGCAAACAGAGAACCGGAUGUUUCCGAAUGGGGUGUGUUGACGGCCACAGAAGGCUACGGAAGGCCAGAUUCACAAGAAGAUUACGAGCAGAUAAGCUAUGAAGACGCUAUGGGAAAGACGUGGGGUAAGAACGGAGAGAAGCCGUACAGACACGCUGCCCACGCUAUGAUCUACGCCCCAGAUGGCAAGAAGUUGUGGGACAUGUACGAAAAUAAGGCUGUGAUAUUGAUGAUGAUGAGAUUUGACGGAUACAUCGGAUUUCCGGGUGGAAUCAUGGAUGACGGUGAGACAGUGGAGUUUGGGUUAAACCGCGAACUCGAAGAAGAGAUAGGGCUAGAUCCAACCAGGCAUAGCUUUACUAAAGAGGACCAUGUUUUAUCAUACGUCACCCACAACAAGAGACUACUGCUGCAUUUUUAUUGCAAAAAAGUGACGCUAGAGGAGUGUUUGGAGAUCGAGAAAAGAACCAUCGAUGCAGACGAGUAUGGAUGGGAGGUGUUAGGUCCUAUACGGGUGCCGAUGUUCACAUUAAAUGAUAAUGAAAGAGGCCUUCCAAUAUUUCUUAGCAACAAAUUCAUAGGCAAUGCCAAGGAAGAACUGCUUUACUGCAUUGAAAGGGAGAACAUCAUGACGAAAGAAGAAAUUCAGCUGGCACUUGAAAACUGUGAGAAAUUUAAGGCAAGAUAUAUGAGAUGAGUUUAGCUCUAUUCCUUAGCAAACAUGCUUCGCAUUUAUUUUAUUUAGAGGAGGUUAUACUUAGGCAGCAUAAUGAGUAGAGAAGAUAAUUAUUUCUACAUAUUGUAUAUAAUAUGAGAAUGUCUGUAUAUUAUAUGCAGUAAGCAAGAUAUUUAUUCACAUUUACUAGUGUAAACUCUCAUAUAGAAGGCAGGGUUGUAAAGUGACAAAUUUGCUAUGUAUCAUUAUAUUUAAGAUAGCCUAAUACAUAACAAGUGAGAGUAUUGGUACUGGUACAUUCCCUGUAGCAUAUACAAUUAAAAGGCUUAAAACUGCACCUUAAAUUUGACCGGCUUCGUUAACCCUCCAGUCUGUAAAGCAUAGUAACUAAGCAGUAUAUACCGCGGUAUCUGUUCAAAAAACGUUUUUCAGGUAAUAUUGAAAUGUUAUUCUGAGGUAUUUCUUUAAGUUAUGCUAUUUGAAAUGUGCACAAAGUCAUAUCCAUGGUGGCAUUUUGUCUGGUUGAGUUCUGAUAAUUUGACAUGUUCUUGCUGAAUAUGCAUUUUUUAAGAUGGGAUUUUUGCUUUUUGUGUCAAAACUAUAUGUACAUAUACUUGCCAUAGCUGUCUUAGACUGCAUUCCCACAGAUUUAGAUUGAUCCAUCUAGAUCGACCUAACUCCCUUGGGGUUCAUGCUAAAUUGCUCUCAGCCGAGUGCGCACCAUAGUUAAUUACCCCCUUACAGCUUAUAGUAGGUGGAACAGACAUUAAAACCGGCUAAGCUUACAGUAAUCUAGUGAGACUCCCCACGGGGAUAGAUCAAUCUAAAAUCUGUGGGAAUGCAGUCUUAUUCUGCCAAAUAUGUUUAUAUUGCUCAGUGGUUCACAUAUAUACUGAGUAAGGUGGUUCAGACACAGUCACAUCAAGUUAGCAUGUUGCCUUAUGAAUUCUUUAUCACCUCUGGAGAGCUUUAUUUAACAGAUGUGCUUGCUUGUGUUGACACUGAGCUUUCACCUAAGCUUUUUUAUCAGUAUGAUUUAUUCAUUUCAUGUCAUGUUUUACAGCAGAAGUAAGGUAAUAUAAUAGUUAGGUGUUUUUUUCCUUUUCAAAGGUACCACACAUGCAUUUUAUGGAAACUUGGUUGGAUAUCUACAGUGUAUUUUAAUUUAUUGCUUUGUUAUGAUCUUGUUUUAUGAUCUAUUUUAUCUCAUGACUAAAUAGCUAUUUGUCACAAAAUUGUACACAUAAAAUAAGCAUAAUGUAUGGAUGUCGGUAUUAUGUGGCAAUAGAUCCAUACCUAAACUAGGUUUUCCAUUGUGACCUCAAGGUCAUGUUGGUGAUAUGGCACAGCAACUGCACUUUAAGUCAACACACUGCCUGUAGCCACUUUUGAUGUAUUGAAAAUGGCACAGAAAAUGGUACACAAUUUCAUUGUGUGGGGUCCAUGGCAAAUGUAAUGUAUGCUUUACCUUCAUUUGUGAGCCCAGGCUUCUUUUGUUCAAAAAAUAUUUUUUAAAAACUUAUUUUUAUUAUGUUUGCAAUUUUUUUUCUAUUUUGGAAAUUCAG